AUGAUGAAAGCAAUUAGAGUUUCAAGUACAGGUGGAGUUGAAAAAAUGAUUUAUGAGAGUAUUGUAAAACCAACAAUUACAAAAGAAACAGAUGUGAUAAUUAGAAAUCAUUAUAUUGGUGUGAAUUUCAUUGAUACCUAUCAUAGAUCAGGAUUGUAUAAAUUACCAUUGCCAUUUACUUUAGGACGUGAAGGAUCAGGUGUUGUUGAGGAGGUGGGAUCGGUGGCAGCUAAUAAAUUUAAAGUUGGUGAUAGAGUAUGUUAUUUUAGUCCAGAUUCAUAUGCAGACUAUACAUUGGUACCAGAGCAAUUGGUAUUCAAGUUACCAGAUAGUGUAGAUUUUAAAAGUGGUGCAGCCUACCCAUUACAAGGCAUGACUGGCCACUAUUUAGUGAGAUCCACAUUUAAAUUAGAAUCAAAACACACUUGCCUAAUUCAAGCAGGUGCAGGUGGCUUGGGCCAGAUUCUAAUCCAAAUGGCCAAGAUAUUGGGUGCCAAGGUCAUCACUACAGUGUCGACACCAGAGAAAGAAGAAAUUUGCAAAAAGUUGGGUGCUGAUGUUAUCAUCAAUUAUAAUCAAGGUAACAAUUUAGAAGAGUUGGCCAAAUUAGUUAAGCAAUUGAAUGAUGGUAAUGGUGUUGAUGUGGUUUAUGAUGGUGUAGGUGCAUCCACUUGGAAACAGUCAUUAUUGUCUUUGAAACCAUUGGGUAUGUUAUGUUUAAUUGGUAAUGCAAGUGGUCCUGUACCACCAAUUGACCCAUUACUCUUGUCAACCAAUGGUUCACUCUUUUUAACUCGUCCAACUUUGGCUCAUUAUAUCGCUGAAAAAGGUUCAAUGGAACAACGUAUGACAGAAAUUUUCUCUUGGGUUGAACAAGGUAAAUUGGUUUUAUCAAAUCCAACAAUUAUCGAUUUAGAAAGAGCAUCAGAUGCUCAUAAUCUUUUAGAAGGUCGUGCUUCAAAAGGUAAAAUUUUAUUAAAACCAGCUGAUAUUUAA